CACAGCCACAUCAUCCGUCAUCUACAGAACCCUGAACCACCGCAGUGUAGUCGCUCAAAUCAUGCCCGCCUAUCACUCAUCUUUCAAUGAAGAGCCCGACAUGCGUCUUGCAGGCAAUAUGGCUAUCCUACCCAUCAAGACCAAACUGCGCGGCCCCGCUCCCAAUGCGGACCCAGACACGCCAGACAUCAUAGACGAAACUCUCGACCUCUUCCGUGCCAACUCCCUGUUCCGCAACUUUGAGAUCAAAGGUCCCGCAGACCGCACCCUCAUCGUCCUCAUCCUCUACAUAUCCGAUUGCCUCGCCAAGAUCGGCUCGAACCGCACAGUACCGACGCAAAUCGAGGCGGGGAAAUUCCUCAACACGCUUUCCGUCGACAACUUCGCUAUCCCUGGCGAUGCCAACUUUGCUUUGAACGCACACUACGCGCCCCCGUCUAGCCGGCAGGAAGCGGAUGCACUGCGCCAAUACCUUGUUCAAGUACGCCAGGAACUGGCUUCCCGCCUGGUGGAACGGCUCUACGCGGAUGGAACCGGGAAGCCGAGCAAAUGGUGGAUGUCGUUCCAGAAGAGGCGGUUCAUGAACAGGAGCUUGGCGUGAACGGGACGUUGUAUGACAGACAACGCAUGUAUAUCAUCAUAAUCGCGGAGCCAUUACAAGGUUACAAUCGUAAAGUGACUAGCCUCAUUUGCGC